AUGAGUGGUAAAGCAGGAGCAUAUGGAGCGAAUGGUGGUGGAGGCGACACAGACUUUAGGAAAACAUGGGACCGCGAUGAAAUGGCAAAGAAGGCGAAGGAUAGAGAGGCAAAAGAGCGCGAUGAAGGAAAGGAAAGAUACGAGGCAAAGCUUGCUGGAAAGACGUACAGAGGGCGAGCCUCCACACCCGAGGAUCUGAAGCAGACCGAAGCAAGGUCCGAGAGGAUAGACUGGAGUAAAAUGAUUGGCAAGCAGACGCUCACUUCAGCAGCGGCUGCUGUGGGCAAGAGGGGGCGUGGAGCAGGCGCAUACUGUCAGGCUUGUGAUCUUACAUUUAAGGACAAUAUCCAAUACGUAGAACAUUUGAACAGCAAGCAGCAUUUGGUCGCGACCGGCCAGUCGGGCGAAGUACGACGCGCUACCCUCGAAGAAGUCCGAGAUCGCCUACGAUACUUGAAGCGAAAGAGAGACGAGGAUAAAUUUCUCGAGGUCACAGAUCUCGAUGCACGAUUACAGUUGAAUAAGGAUAAGCUUGAGCAGGAGGCCGAAGAGAAACGGCGUCUGCGCAACGAGAAGCGCCGGGCGAAAAAGAAGAGCGACAAUAAUGCCAUGGAAUGGAAGGUUGAGGGUGACGGUAUCAUCAACUGA